UCCUGCACCCUGUUUGUUUGUUUUUUUUUGUUUUCUUUUACAACCAUUCAUUUAUUGAAAACUGUCUGUUUUACCAACUCAAAGCUGAUGUCUUCCUCAGGCUCUUGUUCUUGUUUCUCAGGAGAUGUACAUGCAGCCAUGCUGAGUUUGAACUCAGAAAACACACAGGGUGGUGGUUUUGGGCGUUACUUUCUGUUUGGUCCAAGAUGGCGGAACAGGAUUUGUUAUAACCCUCAUCAACAUCCAAAAGAUCAGUUCUUCAAACACACUCCAUCUCUUUUACCUCCAGUUGCCAAUCCAGCAUGCAGUGUAAACAGCAAGCAAUCACCUUUCUCAGUUAAGUCCUGUACUUUAAUCUCAGAAGAUGGAUGCAGACUUAAUGCUGUAUUGUCAGUCCCGGUAUCGAUUACAACAGCACCUAUCAAUGCAAACAGCCACUCCAAAAAUAGGAAGAUCAAGAGCAGAGUGUGUAAUCCCUCAACUAUUAAAGUAACCACUGCUGAGCAGUCAUAUGCAGAUCCGCUAUUGGGAGCUUCAGCAUCAUUCAUCCGGAGACUUCUGGACAUGUCCAGCCUGCAAGAGAAAACAGUUCGCCAAGAGAAGUUCAAAGAACUCAAGAAGAACAGGAGGCACGAGGGCUAAUCAUACAAUCUGCUGGUUAAUGCAAAAGACAACAAAAAUGAUUCUCAACCAGAAAUCAAACGCAUAAAGAGUUCCCCAAAUUCAGAACAGCCAAGACAUUUGUUUAUCAUAUGUGACUGCAGGUUUGCUUCAUUAGUUUUGCACUGUAGCUACAAAGCUAAUGUAGCUAAAUAAUGAGGGAAGCUUAGAGCUCCAUUUAAGCAUCAUGGAAAUUAAACAACACAGACUCAGUUAAGUUUGCUUUGUCUAGUUUUUCAGCAUCUUUUUAAGGCACUGUGACUUUGUCCUGUGUGACCGAGACAGAUAAUGUCUUUCAAGGCAAGUGUGUGGUGAUUUGAGCAUAAAGUUUAAAUUAAAACAAACUGGUAGCUAGCUAUGGACAAAAAGCCACUGAUCGUGAUUGCACUUAGUAGAUUACAAUUUGUUUGUGUGCUUGGUAACCAGUGUUGAAUGAUUUCUAAAACAUUCAGGUGAUUCAGUUUCAAUCCAUGGUGCGUGUGGGUUUGGAUGUGUGUGAGAUUUAAUAUAUUUGGCUGUACAAUUUGACUCUGUCCAUAAUUAGCAUCAGUGUCUCACCCACUGGGUGGAAUCAAUGGGAUGUUUUAUGUGUGCUCGAAUGCUCACGUGUCAUGUGGUUGGAAGGGCGUAUAUGUUUCUAAUUUAUUUACAUAUAAUUUACAAAAAAAAAUGAUUAUGAUUUAUGAUUCAUUAUUUGAAAGGAUCUAACACUGAUCAAAUGAAUCAUAACUCCAUUAGAUUCACUGAAAAACGAAGCAUACGAUUCACCAACAACUGAAUCAUUUUGCAAAUUAUGAACAGAGUCAAUGAAUCAUUUGACGCAUACACACGUCACAUUCUGAAUCAUUCGCUUUAUUAACUGGAUUUAUUACAUGAAUGAUUCAAGAAUGUAUUUGAUUGCAAUUGUUGUUGUCGUGACAGAACCCCAGCCAUGGUUCUGUCAUCGUUAAUGAGUGUCUGUAUUGAUCAGUGUCCUUAUCGAUCAGUGUUUUAAUUGACUGCUUGUAUCGAUUGAAACGCACGAUACUCUAAAAUCUCUGAACACACACACACACAUUAAAAACACAGACUGAAAGAACUGAGUAGAAGUCGAGCGUGUUUUUUGGUGUAUUUUUGUAGCAGAUUUUUAUAAAGUAGCAGCAGCAUGAGUUUGCUUUUACGCAGCGAGGAGAUGUGUUUACUGCAGCUCUUCUUUCAGACUGAAUCGGCACUCAGCUGCGUUAAUGAGCUUGGCCUUCUGGGACUUGUGGAAUUCAGAGAUCUAAACCCAGGGAUGAGUUCAUCUCAGAGGAGAUUUGUAAAUGAGGUGAGGAAGUGCGAGGAAAUUGAGAGAAUCGUCAAGUAUUUGGAAGGUGAAAUAUUGCGAUGUAAUAUUCCUAUCACUUCCGGAUCACGCAGUGAGGAAACCCCGUGUAGCAGAGACACAUUGGAGCUCGAGUCUGAGGUAAAAGCGCUGGAACAGGAGCUGAAGGAGAUCAACUGCAAUCAUGCGACACUGAAGAGGAACCUGAUGGAGCUGCUAGAGAUCAGCGCACUGCUCGGCGUCAUCCGUGAAGUCUUCCAGGAGUGUGAGAUGCAGCCGUCCUGUACCGAUCUUCAGUCCGACAGGCCACACGUCACUCAGCGCCUAAACAGCAUCAGCGCCAUCACAGCUCCCAAACUGUGGUUUAUUGCCGGUGUGAUUAAACACGAUCGCUUUCCUGCGUUUGAGAAAGUCCUGUGGCGUCUUUUGCACGAGAAUUUCCUCCUGCGCCGUGCAGAGAUUCAACAGCACCCAGAGGACAGCAUGGUGCAGAAAGACGCCUUCAUCAUCUGCGUGCAAGGCGAGCAGGUGCAGGGCAAAAUCAGAAAAAUAUGCGAAGGGUUUAGUGUCAGUUUGUACCCGUGCCCGAGCACUUUACAUGCCCAAGAGGAGAUGAAGCGUAACUUACGGACUCGCAUCAAGGAACUGCAAAUGAUUUUGCGUCAGUGUGAAGAAUUCUGUGUUGCAGUUUUGAAUAAAGCAGCAAACAGAGUUACAGACUGGUCCAAGCAGGUGCACAAGAUGAAAUCCAUCUACCACACACUCAACCUGUGCAACAUCGAUCUCACACACAGACUGACCAUCGCAGAGAUCUGGUGUCCGGUGUUAGAUCUCGGCCACGUACAACAUGCGCUGAAUAAAGCCGCUGAGCAUGCUGGUUCCAGCGUCAGACCCGUGCUGAAUCGCAUCCCGAGCCCUGAAACUCCGCCCACAUUUAACAGGACAAACCGUUUCACUGCUGGCUUUCAGCUGAUCGUCGAUACGUACGGUGUGAACAGCUAUCAAGAGAUUAAUCCAGCUCCGUAUACCAUAGUGACGUUCCCGUUUUUGUUUGCUGUGAUGUUUGGUGACUGUGGUCAUGGGCUUGUCAUGACGUUGAUCUCUGCCUGGAUCAUCAGAAAUGAGCAGGCAUUGAACCUACAAAAGAAUGAGAUCAUGUCCACGCUGGUGGGCGGGCGCUACAUCAUCCUGCUGAUGGGCCUUUUCUCCAUCUACACCGGUCUCAUUUAUAACGACUGCUUCUCCAAAUCUUUCAACAUACUUGGCUCGUCAUGGAGUGUCAGAGCCAUGUUCUGGCCCAGGGGACCUUGGAGAAAUGAAACCCUGCACAAUUCGGAUCAAUUCCAUUUGGACCCUUCAGCGCCAGGAGUUUACUCUGGAACUCCGUACUUGCUUGGGAUCGACCCAGUGUGGAAUAUUGCGUCAAAUAAACUUUCCUUUCUAAACUCCUAUAAAAUGAAGAUGGCAGUUAUAAUCGGAGUUUGCCACAUGACCUUCGGCUUGACCCUGAGUAUAUUCAACUACAUACAUUUCAGAAAUCUCCAAAACGUGUUGCUGCGCUUUGUGCCCGAGCUCAUCUUCUUGCUGUCUCUGUUCGGUUACCUCGUCUUCCUCAUCCUCUUCAAGUGGUGCAUGGGCACGCAGUGUGACAGUAGCAUUCUCCUCAUCUUCAUCAACAUGAUGUUUUUCAACUAUAAGGCUGAGGAGAAAUUCAUCUACAAUGGGCAGAAAGCUGUCCAGAUAUUCCUGGUGGUCCAGGCUUUGCUCAUGGUUCCUAUAAUGCUGCUAAUAAAACCACUACUGACUUACAGAAGGCAUGAGAAGAAUACCGACCAGGCCUCAGAGAGCUCUUUGGAUCUCACCGUGGUGAUACCUCUCACUUCAACAAUUGAGAGCAAACCAAGCUAAAUGUCUGAGGUUUAAAUAAGGCAAGCCUCCUUCAAAAUGCUCUGUAACAGUGUUCUAAUCAUUUGCACCUGAUGUGAUAUACCCGGAGGUAAUUUUAUCCAUUAUAAGCGCAAAUUAAAUGUGUCCUUACUUUUUCCUCAUAAGAAUUUGGAUUAUUUAAAAUUACGUUUUACUUUUCUCUGAUUUUAUUUGUUUAGUUAUAUUACUUGAAUCUUUCAAUAUUUUUUAAGAUCAAAUGCCCAUAUGUUUAGCUAUGUUGAAGAAAACACAGGCUUUCAUGAGGUGUUCUAAUUUUUUUCACAUGGCUGUAUAAAUAUAUAUAUCUGUUAUAUAUAAUAUGUUGUAAUUAGUAUUUGGGUGACUCUUGACACAUUUGGAAAGGUUUAACAUGCCAGAUUGUAGAGAGUACAGCACAUUCAUUUUAAAUAAAUUUAAUUAGCCACCAUGAAAAUAACAAAUCAUAUGAUAUAGAGCAGGCAUUAAUGUGAAACUAUAUACUAUAAAUGGUAUACUGUGCUAUAUACUGCCUGUGUUAAUAAAGAAUGAAGUAAUUCCAUAUGUAUAGGCUGCUUUCAAUGUUUUUUUAUUGUAUAUUAUGCCAGUUGUUCAGGUUUCACUCAUAAAUCAGGAAAUCUUCUUGGCAAGCACAAGCAAAACUUGUGGAGAAAUGGCAUGUGUCAGAAAGACACGCUGUAGGCUAAAAAACAUACAGCUGACAAACAAAUAAAGAAAUUUGAUUAAGCAAGCAUUUUGUUGGAGAAGCAAAUAAAAGCCAAGUGAAGUGAAGUGAAAGCCAGACCACAAACCACUCCAAAGCAAGAAAAUCUCACUUCAUGGUGACGCAAAAUGGAGGGGUAUGAAAUUUCAUUAAGGUGUACCUGUGUGAAGUGAAGGUGUGGUGAAAGUAUACAUACAACUCUGCUCAUUUUCAGCUUUUAUGGGGUGUGUGUUUAAUUGCUUGAACAGAUUUCACACACCCAGCAUUUGCAUUAUUGAUAAAGAUAUGGAAUGCAAGUCGUUUAAUGAACCCUUCACUUGACGUGUACAUUUCAAAUUCAGGUUUUUCAGCCAUGUAUACAAAUAGGUACAAAGAGAUAUCUAAUAUUGACGCCCUGCUAUUGUUCAGAUUCUCUUUUUGUACAGCAGUUUGUUCUAACUGACAUAGUAACAUCAACAUUAUUGAUCACUACAGUCCUGAGAUUUCAUGCAUGCUUUUGCUCGAAGUAAAGUUUACACUAAGAUGACCUGAUGCAUCAGCAGAUCAAUCAAGCCAUGUUUAGCGUCUUAUUACAUCUACUUAUUAUUUAAACCGUAUGCUUGUUGAUAACUCCAUUAA